AUGACAACAACCACAGAAUUAACUAUUUCAUUAUCAACAACAAUAUGGUGUUCAAUAAAACCUAUUCUAAAAAUUUAUCUCAUAAUUUUAUCUGGAUAUUUUUUAGGAAAAAAACAAGUUUUAAAUAACAACACAAUAAAAGAUUUAUCGUCAAUGAUAAUUUAUUUUUUGUUACCUUGUUUAAUUUUCAACAAAAUUAUUACAAAUAUAACAAUAAAUGAAUUGAAACAAAUUACUAUAAUUUUAUUAAGUUCUUUAAUAUUAUACACUGGUUCCUUAAUUUAUGGCAUAAUUUUAAAUCUGAUUUGCUUUGUUCCAUCAAAUUUUUUUGGAGGCUUUUUAGUUGUGUGUAUGUUUCAAAGCGUUAGUGAUUUUCCAAUUGCCUAUAUUCAAACAUUGGCUGAUAAAAGUGAUGCAGACAAUAAUUACUUAAUAUUCAACGAAAUCCAGGCAGACAAAGGAAUUGCUUAUAUUUGUAUAUUUAUGGCGAUAUUAACAUUUAUGAUGUUUAAUUUUGGUGGUUAUAAAUUGAUUGAACUAGAUUUCAAAAACAAUCAAGGUAAAAAAACAACAGAUAUUGAACAGUUGGAUAAAAAUAGUUCUAAUAAUGCACAAAAACUAACCAUAACAAUAAAAGUAGCAAAAACGAUAAAGCAUUUUUUUUUUAAUUUUCUUCAUCCUGUGUCAAUAUCUUUAAUAAUUUCUUUUAUAUUUGCUUUGGUUCCAUAUCUAAGAGGAUUGUUUGUGUAUGACCCGUCUUUGAAUAUAAAAAAUGCACCAGACAAAAACCCUCCUUUGAAUUUUUUAGUGGAUUUUUCUGCUUAUGUUGGAUCAUCUCAGGUUCCCUUAGGUUUGACAUUAUUAGGUGCAACCUUAUCUAAAUUAAAAAUCAAAAAUCUUGACAAAAAAUUUCUACUAACUUGUAUAAUUAUGACAAUUAUUAAAUUGGUAAUAAUGCCAAUAAUCGGUAUAGCAUGGGUCAAAAAAUUAGUUCAAUUAAAUUGGAUUAUGACAAACACAGAUGAAAAAGUUUUGGCGUUUGUGAUUAUACUAGGUUUUGGUCUACCGAGUUUUACUGCACAAGUAUAUUUGACGGCCUUAUAUUCUCAUAAAAUAAAAAUCACGCAAGAAGGUCAAAACAAAAUAGAAAUUGAAAGUCAAGAUGGCCAGUGCAAUAAGAUUAGCACUUAUGAUAUUGAUAGUAAUAACUCUUUCCAAAUGGAUUGUUUGGCAGUUUGCUUACUAAUUGAAUAUCCCGUUUUGUUUAUAUCAAUGCCCUCUAUAGUUACCUAUACUUUAAAAAUGGUUUUAUUACUAUGA